AUGGGAGAUGUAAAAGUAAAAAGGGUAGACGUCUGUUUAAAACAUGGAGCAAACCCAAACAACAGACACGGUCCAGGCGUGACUGCCCUAACCACAGCGUGUUACUUUCUAAAUAAUCGAGGUGUUUGUCCACUGGUGCUGGAACAGAUGGUGUCGUUACUCUUGGAGCACGGAGCUGAAGUAAAUCAACAAGAUUUUUAUGGGGAUACUGCGCUUCACUAUGCAUUGAAAUCCUGCACAAAUCUAUUUCUUUCAGAAGAAAACCUUGCUUCAAAACAACGUGUUGUUCAAAACCUCAUUCAGCACAACGCAGACAUUUAUCUAAAAGAUUCGUCUGGGCUUUCCGCCAUUGAUAUGGCUAAGCGUGAAGGACACGAAUCAUGGUUAAGAACCUAUGAAGCAUCAUUGACAGGGACAUGCUCAAGGAAAGGAAAGAGAUCGUGUUCUAUAUAA